AUGGGCUCUACUCAACCUGAGGAAGUCGAUGUGCUUCUUGUAGGAGCUGGUUUCGCUUCCUUCACACUGCUAAACCGAUUGCGAAAACUUGGCUAUAACGUACGUAUCCUCGAAAAGGGAGGAGCAUCAGGAGGUAUCUGGUAUUGGAAUUGUUAUCCUGGAGCUCGAGUCGAUACGGAUACACCAAUCUAUCAACUCUUUGACAAGGAAUUAUGGCAGGAUUUCACAUUCAAGGAUCGAUAUCCUGGAUGGCAAGAACUGCGCACGUAUUUUGAAUAUGUCGAGAAGAAAUGGAAUAUCAGAGAGUACACUUCUUUCAACAAGCAUGUUGAUGGUGCCUCUUUUGACGAGAAACGCCAGCAGUGGCUAGUUGAGUGUGCUGAUGGCUCAGAAUACUAUGCUCGGUGGUUCCUACCAUGUAUAGGUUUUGCCAGCAAGAGAUAUACCCCUCCAUUCCCAGGGCUCGGCAACUUCAAGGGAGACAUUUACCACACCGCUGUCUGGCCUCAGCAUGGCGUCAAUCUCAAGAGCAAGCGGAUAGCCGAGGUCGGAACUGGUGCUUCUGGCAUUCAGGUCAUCCAAGAAAUUGGUGACCAGGCUAAGGAAUUGACCGUUUUCCUACGUACACCCAACAUGUGCCUCCCCAUGAAUCAACGCAAGCUUGAUCCCACAGAGGAAGAGCAGAAAAAGAAGGAUGGCACAUAUGAAUCAGAGAUCGAAAAGACUCGCCACACAUUUGCUGGCUUCACAUAUGAUUUCAUUCAAAGGAACACGUUCGAUGAUACCGAUGAAGAGCGCGAAAAGGUUUAUCACAAACUAAUGGUCGAAGAUGGUGGCUUCAAAUUUUGGCUUGCAACGUACAAGGAUAUGCUGUUCGAUCUCAAGGCCAAUGAGCAAGCAUAUAACUUCUGGCGCAAGCAAGUGCUCAAGCGUCUCACGGACCCAAAGAAGCAAGCUCUUCUUGCCCCCGAGGUACCCCCUCAUCCAUGGGGAACUAAGCGCCCAUCCUUGGAACAACGAUUCUACGAAGUCGUCGAUCAACCACAUGUCAACAUCAUCGACAUCAACAAAUCACCCAUUGAAGAAGUGACGGCUACUGGCCUAAGGACCAACCAAGGUCACACAGAGGUAGAUGUUAUAAUUCUGGCCACAGGCUUCGACAGCGUGACAGGAUCUCUAGCACAAUUGAAUAUCCAAGGCACCGAUGGCGGUACUAUCGCAGACCACUGGAAGGAUGGCACAAAGACGGCCAUGGGUAUUGCUAUGCCCAACUUCCCGAACAUGUUCUUCUUGUACGGACCUCAGGCACCCACGGCAUUCAGCUCAGGCCCCAGCUGCACACAGUUCCAGGCCGAGUGGGUCGAAGAGACAUUCAAGAUUAUCAAGGAGAAGGGCAUCACCAGGCUUGAAUCGACUCAAGAGAGUGAAGACGACUGGUGCAAGCGCAUGAAUGAGAAAUGGAAUGAGUCUCUCUUCCCCAUGGCGAAGAGUUGGUACCAGGGUGCAAAUAUUCCAGGACGAAAGGUUGAACCAUUGAAUUGGUCCGGAGGAAUGGUUGAAUAUGUCGCCACUCUCCAUCGUAGUUUGGAGAAUGACCUGCAAGGCUGGAAGUACGCUACUGCAUAG